AUGGCGAGCGACUUGGAGUUAGAGGAGCUUGACCCGAGCGGCCACGAUCAACUUGCGGGCUUGCCUCAGCACGAUCAGGCGUGCGAGUCUCACGAGCCUGAAUCAGAAGACGAGCUGCUCCACGAAUGCGAUGUCUACUUGAACCGAAUGUACGACCCUCCAGACUUUGUCGGCGACAUGUAUGUUCUGCAAUAUCCCCUCAGACCUAGCUACAGACCUUAUGGGGAUCAAGGAGUGCUGGACAAGGUUGAGCUUAAACCAAAGUCUCGUCGGCUGCGAUUCGUGUACAAGCUGCAUCAAAACGACCACUACGCGGAAGAGGAUGUCAUGCAAGAAAAGUACGAGCAGCGGCAUACAUUAAAUUCAACUGUUGCAGCAAAUCCUGCAUGUAGCUACGCUGUGGGUGUCAUUCGCCAGGGUCGCAUGACACUGACACCUAUCCGCGCAGUGAAUCAAUUAAGACCAGACUUCGAGGACUUCGAGAAGUUAAAGUCGAAGCAGACAGCCGGGGUCACCGGCGUCACGGUCGAUCCAGAAGGAGCGGGAGGAGCUGCAGAGAAAGCAUCUGACAGUGGGGAGGAAGAGCCUGGUCAGAGUGAACCGGCGGACAUUCCCAUGGCCCCAGUGCGGGUGGAGUACAUCAGCAGCAGAGGUGCACAGAGCGCAGCUGAAAACAAGGCAGCUGACACAGAAGAUGCAUGGAAGAGGCUCGACUUCUUCGAUGCAACUUCACCUGAAUCUGCAGACAUCUACCUACAGCACAUCGUAUUUGCAGCCAAUGAAGCAGCUGAGGCUGACAUGGAAGGACACGCCCCAGACCAUCCGAAGUUGCAGCCGCUUGAGCUGGACGGUGACAAUGUUUCCUUUCUGAAGUCGAUGUGCGGACAUGCGGAGGAGCGUAGCCGACUUCGGCAGCUGCGACAGAAGGCGUCCAUGAACCAAGAUGGACUCAGCUCCUACGUCCUCAGCAAGAUGCCCGUGGAGAGGCAAGUCGAAGCCGUCGUGAGACACCUAGGAGUCGCCUCCUUCGCACAGCUGCGCAAGCGCCUGCCGCCGAGCACCACGAGCGCACUCCGGAAGGGCUCCGAGGGCUCCGACCCACUCGACCCACUCCUGAGUCUGCUCAGAAACUGUGCCAUCCUGGUCUGUGGGAACUGGGUCUUGAAAUCCAAGCUGGCUAACUUUGAGGGCAUGGAGGGCAACGCACGUGACCUGCUGCUGGCCUUGCUGAACAAGAGAGCUCCUUGA